AUGGGAUUGCCUUUCAGCCCGAAGUCGCAGGCUACUAGCCAGGCUGUUCCAGAGCACCCACAGUCGGACUCUGAGGCUUCUAUCAUUCGUGAUGGCGACCUUGCCUACGUACGUCAAACAGCUGGGAAUGGCGCUUCAGGAUAUCAAGAGGCUGUCGGUGCUCCUGUCGAGACACGAUCGCCGUUAGGAUACCACGUCAAUUGGCUGACUAUAAUAUUCCUGAACCUCAAUCAUAUGGUCGGCACCGGCAUCUUCUCCACGCCAGCUACCAUCCUGCGCCUCACAGGCUCAGUCGGUCUAGCCCUCGUCUACUGGGUCAUUGGAUUCCUCUUGGCUGUCGCAGGACUCGCUGUCCACAUGGAGUUCACCAGUUACUUCCCCAACCGCAGCGGGUCCGAGGUCGUGUGGCUUGAGCAGGGCUUCCCCCGACCCAAGCACCUUUUCCCUGUCGCCUUCGCUGUUCAAUCUGUGCUGCUGUCAUUCAGUAGCAGCAACACGAUUGUCCUCUCCAACUACCUCUGGCGUAUCGUUGGCCGUGAUCCGGAACCCUGGGAACUCAAGGGCGUUGCUAUUGCAGCUUACACGCUAGCUGUCAUUACUGUGAUCGCUCAUAACAGGUAUUCGCUCUGGGCGAUCAACGUUAUCGGUGCCUUGAAGCUGCUUCUGCUACUCUUCAUCUCCAUCUCGGGACUUGUCAUCCUCGGAGGCCAUUUCGGCCGGAUUGAGAACCCGGGCAUUAACUUCCGCCAUGGUUUUCAAGGCACUACAUCGAGCGGUUACAGUCUAUCUCAGGCCAUGGUCAACAUCACUUUUGCCUUCUCAGGUUGGCAAAACGCUUUCAGCAUGGCCAAUGAGAUCAAGAAUCCCAUCCCAACCUUGAAAAAGAAUGCCACCGCUUCCUUGCUCAUUGUCUUCUCUCUAUACUUCCUCUGCAACGUCGCCUACUUUGCGGCAGUCCCCAAGGACAUCUUUCUAGAAUCGAAAGAGCUGGCCGCUGCAGUUUUCUUUCGGACGGCCUUUGGAUCAUCCGCUGAAUCUGCCCUGAACUUUUGUGUCCUCCUGAGCUCCUUUGGUAACCUUCUCGCUGUCCUUAUCAGUCAGUCCCGUCAAAUUCGCGAGAUUGCACGUCAAGGCGUCCUCCCUUGGACGGAAUUCUGGGUCUCAACUAAACCUUUUGGCACUCCCAUCGGUCCCUAUCUACUCAAAUGGGGCUUCACCUUUCUGAUGAUCGUCGCUCCCCCAGCAGGUGACGCCUUUCAGUUCGUUGUCUCUCUCAAGACGUACCCAGACGCCAUUUUCCACGCUGCCAUGGGCGUUGGUCUUCUACUAAUCCGUCGCCGCCGUUCUCGAUCGGGUACUCCCAGAUCUGACUUCCGAGCAUGGUGGGCUCUUGUUAUACUUUACCUCUUAGCCCAAGCCUUUCUGCUCGUCAUGCCCUGGAUUCCACCAGAGGGCGGUAUUUAUGCCGGAACAGUUAGUUUCCUAUGGUGUACCUACAUGAUUGUCGGAAUUGGCAUCAUGGCUGUCUGCGGUAUCUACUACUACCUUUGGAUGAAGGUCCUCCCUCGCUGGGGUAACUACAGCAUUCGAUCCCAGGUAAUUUCCGUGGACGACAAUGGCGCGAAUACGCAUCGCCUUUUGCGGGUGCCCAAUUCUGAGGUGGCUCAGUGGGAUGCUACCCAUGACGAUCUUGGCCGCGAUAUACCACCUCAGCAGGUAAUCAGUAGCAACAAUAGUAGCUCUGAGAAGUAG